AUGGAAGCAGCUCCGGUUGGCGCAGCCCUUGGAGUUCUACUUCCAAAACUGAUCUCAGUUUUGGAAAAGCAGAUCGACCUCUUCCAAAAUUUCAAGAAAGAUCUAAAAAAGCUAAAAAUUUCAAUCACCAUGAUUCAAAGUUUCUUGAACGAUGCGGAGAACAAGCGAAUCACCAACGGAACCGUCAAACUUUGGUUGCAUAAGCUUGAAGGUGUCGCUUUCGAUGCCGAUAAUGUUUUGGAUGAGCUCGACUAUCAACAUCUCUCCCAAACAGUUCAUCCUACCCAACACAAAAUCAAGAAAAAGGUAAGCAACUAUGGCCUUCAAAACAUAGUAGCGGGAGCAAAUGCUCAAGCUGAUGGAUCACAAGGGCCAUCUGCUGGCAGAGAAACUGAUUCUUUGGGUAACGAUCCGAUUUUUCUUGGAAGAGAAAAUGAUGUGUCUGAAAUUGUGAAGAUGAUGACUACUCCUCCAAAGGGUGAUCAUGUAUUCUCUAUCCUUCCGAUUGUCGGGAUGGGAGGACUCGGAAAAACAACAGUAGCUCGGGAAGUGGUUGAUCAUAAAGACAUAAGGACUCGUUUCCCUAAACGUUUUUGGGUGCAUGUUUCUGAAAAUUUCGAUCUCAUGAUUCUUUUCAGAAAGAUUCUUACAUCAUUAACAAGAACAAACGUCAAACUUGAAAGUAGACAAGAUGUUUUGGAAGAGCUUCAGACAUAUUUGGGAGCUGGAAGAUUUCUACUUGUCCUCGACGAUGUUUGGAAUGACAGCGAGGAAAAAUGGGAUGAUUUUAUUAAUCCGUUGAGAAAGAUUAGUUCUGCGACAGGAAAUGGCAUUGUUGUUACUACAAGAAAUCUGAGUGUUGCUUCACUGGUGACAACACUUCCUAUUCACAAACUAAAUGGAUUGUCAGUUGAGGAGUGUUGGUCCAUAAUCAAAGCGAAAGCCUUCGUGGAUGGUAAUGUUCCAUCAGAAUUUGAGCUCGUUGGGGUAUCUAUUGCAAAAAACUGCCAAGGUUUGCCAUUGGCGGCUAGAAUGGUUGGGAGAUUGUUGCGUGGUAAGUCGAUUGAUGAGUGGCUUCAUAUCGAAAAGAACUGGCUCUCAGAUUUAAGAGAUGAAAAUUUAGUCUACAAGAUUUUAAAACUGAGUUUUGAUCAUUUGUCGUCACCAGCACUCAAGAAGUGUUUUGCAUAUUGUUCGAUAUAUCCUAAAGGAUAUGACUUGCAAAGGGAACGCUUGGUUGAGUUGUGGAUGGCAGAGGGAUUUCUUGAAGGAAAUGAUGAUAUGGAGAGAUUGGGCGGCAAAUUCUUUAAUCUCCUUUUGGAGAACUCCUUGUUGUUACAAAUUGUGGAGAGAAAUGGCGACACAUUAAGAGCAUGUGCUGACCUGGAGAAGUUGCCAAACACAAUGAAACACUUGAUGAACUUGAGACAUCUCCACCUUCCUUCUCGAAUCGAAUUGCCUCCGGAGAUGGGAAGAUUAAUUUCUCUACGAACACUACUAUAUUUUGGAGUGAGCGAUAAAAAGGGUUGUGGAAUUGGUGAACUCAAAAGCUUGAAGAAUCUAAAAGGGGAACUGGAGAUUUAUAAUCUUGAAAAGGUGCGUGACAAAGAGGAGGCUAAAAUGGCAGAUUUAUUACAAAAGUCGAACAUAGUCAAGUUAAAGCUUGUGUGGAGUCACGGUCAGAAUGGCAAUGAGAGUGUUUUGGAAGGCCUCCAACCCCACCCAAAUUUAAAGAGCUUAAACAUUUGUGGAUUUCCAGGAAGAAAUCUGCCAUCAUGGUUUUCAAUGAUGUCGGAGCUUAAUAAUUUGAUGGAGAUAUGUCUUCGAAAUUGCAAAGAAUGCGAAAAAAUUCCAAUGCUAGGGCACUUGGGACAUUUGAAGAAUCUUUAUCUACAUGGUAUGGAGAAUGUGAAAUCCAUAGGUUCGUCAUUCUACGGAAUAGACAAGUGCAGCGGAACAGAUAAUAGAAUUACUAUAUUUCCGGCACUUGAAAGGCUCGAGUUGGUUUGUAUGUGGGAGCUGACAGAGUGGUUAGAGUAUUAUAAUGUGGUGCUAUUUCCUCGCCUCGAAUACUUGAAGAUUAUAAUGUGCAUGCAAUUGAAGAGUGCUCCAAGUCACUUUCCAUACCUAAAAGAAUUGGAGAUUUCUCAAGUCAACAGUGAAUUACCUUUGGCGAGUUUAUGUGGGAUCAAAUUAACCUCGCUUACAAAACUCCGAAUUAAUUCAAUUGAUGAUCUACAUAGCCUCGAUGCUCUUGAGAUAUUGAGUAUACAUGAUUGCCUCGAUGCUCUUGAGAUAUUGAGUAUACAUGAUUGCCCGAAUCUGGUGGCAAUACCAUAUCCACACGAAUCACAUGGUGAGCAAGAAUUAGUAUUAUUAGGAUUGAGUUGCCUUCGUGAAUUGAGUAUUCGUAAAUGCCCCGGGUUGACCGAGUUGCCAAGUGAAAUGAUAGAGUCGUGUGCGGAGUCACUCGAGAAGUUGGAAUUGCUUGAAUUGAGCAACUUAAGGAUGGAUGUGGGAAUGGUGACGGGGUGUUUGCAGAAAAUGCAUCGUCUCUCGGAGUUAAGGAUUGCUGAUAUUCCAACCACCGAUUCCUCGAAGAUUGGGUUGUCGUCUAAUGACUCUAGCUUGCGGGGUACUUUAAGCACGGGUACAAGUUGCGGUGAGUCCUCACAUUCCUCGGUUUUCGAUGCCAUCUUGAAAGGGUCAGCAAAAUCUCUUUGUACAUUACACUUGUACGGGACAAAGCACAGUCGGGAUCUACCGGAGCAGCUUCAACAUCUCACUGCUCUUUAUGAGCUACACUUAUAUAAUUUUGAAGAGAUUGAACAAUUUCCUGAUUGGGUAAUUGGGAACAACAACAACUUGUCCUCGUCUUUGCACCAGAUAUGUCUAUAUAACUGCAGCAAGUUGCGCCGUCUACCGUCUAAGGAAGCCAUGCUACGUCUCACCAGCUUAACUAAUUUAUUCAUUUACCAAUCUCCGAUGUUAAAACUAACAAGGCAACCAGACGGAGAUUCUGAGUGGCCCAAGAUUUCCCAUAUUCCCCGCGUAAUUUUGGAUGGAGUUGUAGUUCCAACUAACGUCGUCUAA